AUGUCGGAACGUGGGAGCAACUUUAUCUCCUCUUCCGAUAUAAUUUCGGCAAGUCGAAUCCGAUAUACCGAUCAGAACUAUGAGGUUGGUGAGCGACAGAAACGACGGCAGGGCCAUGCCAUGGUCUUGUUGCCACUGAGCAGGAGAAACGAUGAUGGAGAGCGAGAACUGGUGGAAUUCCGUCUUUACGUCCAAGUAGCAGCGUUUCUGGCCCACAAGCAUCUCGAAAACCUUGAGGGAAGUGUGUUACCCCAUCUGCCACGCCGUCUGGGUCAAUGCGAUUUCACCAUGACUACCAAGCAUCAUGAUACACAAUUCUCGCCCAUUCAGGCAGCUAGAAAUGUCCUGGACUAUGACUUGUUUUCCCCGCCAAAAGAAGAAGAUCCCACCAAUCAGCAGCAGCAGCCGUUUGUCAUUUUGGGUGCCGCACGAUCGGCUGUUUCCCAAAGUAUCAGUUACUUGUCCUCGGCAUUGCAACUUCCUCAAGUCAGUGCAUCGAGCACCGCAGAGGCUCUGGAUUUUGCUCCCUACUUUGCUCGAACACUCCCCAACACGGGGGAUGCUCAUGCCAGUGUCUACUAUUUGUAUACGCUGGGAGUACGACACUUUGGAUUGCUCUUUGUCAUGGAUUCCUGGGGACGCCGCUAUGAAAAGGAUCUCCAGUUCUUUGCACAGAAAUACGGCAUGACAUUGACCACUGUUCCCUUUAGCAAUCCAGUUGCUGUCAAGAAAGACGAUAGCGAUGGAGCAAUCUACAAAACUGCCAUGCAGCAACUCGUGGAUUCCAAACUCAAAUACUUUGUUGCCGCAUUGAAUCCGGCAUCAUGGAAACCCGUGGUCAGAAGUGCCCAGCAAUUUGGACUCAUGGGCAACUCAGAUCACCUCUGGCUGCUGCCGGAUCUCAUUGAAUUGGUGGGAGAGGAGUUCUAUCUCGACCGAUCCACAGAAAUGGAUAUUGCAUUGGCUCUACAUGGGACAGGAGUGGUCAACCUAGGUGUAAAGCCAUAUCCGCCAUUUGAUCAUGCCAUGACAAACUUUGCCAAUGAUCCAGAGUUGCAGCAAGAGUUCUUGUCACGACAAGCCGAACCAGGACUUCUGCAGAACUAUACAUUUGCCGAGCAACCAGGGCGAUCUCUGUACCAAUAUCUUACAUACGAUGCCAUGAUUGCUAUUGGAAUCACAGCCUGCGAGUCCACAGGACUCUUUACUGGACGAGAAUUCUACGAAAAACUUCUGGAUAUUGAUUUCCUGGGAGUCUCUGGUAGGGUUCUACUUGACAAUGUGACUGGGACAAGACUAGGGGCCAACCUGGAGUAUCCCAUUGUCAAUCUGGUUCUUUCCGACUACCAAGAAAACAACAACAAUCCAGCAUCAUCCAAAGUCACAUUCUCAAGAGAAACGAUUGCUGUUGUCGAGGUCACACCAGCCAUGGAUGAAUCAGGGCAAUCUUACAACAACAUCGACGUCGUGCAUCAUCAGCCAUUUGUGCAUCACGACAACUCAACCACACCGCCAGUUGCCUUGCCGCUGCUACAAGAAGAUCUCAAUCUCAUCCCAAGCUCAGUUUUGGGCUUUUGCUUGUGUCUUGCUGGGCUGGUCAUGCUGUUAUCGGCCUUCUUUGCCAUUUGGGUUUGGAACAAUCGAACAAUCUUCUCUGUCAAGUCAUCCCAGCCACCAUUUCUGCUUCAGCUUUGUCUUGGGACUUUUAUUGUUGCUGUUACCAUUGUCCCCAUGGGUUGGCAGGAAGAUUUGCCAGGAUUGGAUGCUGCCUGUAUGUCUGUUCCUUGGACAUUCUGCAUUGGCUUUGCUCUUGCGAUUUCAGCCCUAUGGAGCAAAGCAUCCAGGAUAUUGAAACUGUUGGACUCUUCAAGGGGAUUUCGAAGAGUUACAGUCAAAGCAACAGAUGUCAUGAAGUCGACUGUGGUUUUGCUGGGUGUGAAUGUGGUGAUCUUGACAGCCUGGACAGCGUCUCCCUUUAGGAUGCGGUGGAACCGAAUACCAGCAGAGGACAAUGUCGAUCAAUUUGGUCGAGCAACAGAAUCCUAUGGAGUUUGUCAGCCAGACGAAAGCCAGUGGUAUCUGUUCUUUGCAGUGCCUCUAGUAGUGGCCAAUGUGGGUGCAUUGGUCAUGGCUACUUAUCAAUCCUAUCGAGCACGUCAUAUCCCCUGUGAGCUCUCAGAACAAGGCUAUUUGAAUGUGUCCCUGGUCAGCCUCUGUGAAACGUUUCUGUUCGGAACCUACUACCUGGUGGCUUCUAUAGCCAUUUGCAUUGGCUGUCUGGCCAUACUCUUGCCUGUUUUUCUUCCAAAGUAUUGGCAACGCCAUGCCAAGGGACCCUCUGGAACAAACCUGCUAAGUGGCUCAUCGGAUCAUUCACGGAAGAUCUCUGGUACAAACAUUCUGGCAACGGCACCCAGCAGUAGUCUCCAUCAGCAGGGGUCUGAUCAUUCAAACAGGGGGACCCGAAAGGUAACUAUCCGUGGCGACCGUAGCAGGCAAGCUGGCGAUGACGAAGAUCCGGAUGUGGUUUCACUCCGUGUUGAGCUGACGGCAGUUAAGGAAGAUUGGAACGCAGAACACAGCAUGCAAGCUUCCCGUGAUAUGUAUGCAUAG